AUAGAUUCCCUAAGGAGUAAGGUUGAGCUGCUGAAGCUGCCCCUGGCCCUAUCCACCAAGUCCAUCUCUGAGCGCAAGAGCCAGCUGGGCAGAGUCAGGGAACUAGGCACGGUGGGAAGAGGGGCCUGUCAACCCCGUCCACCGACCCGAGAUAUGGACAACGAGUCACAGUACUCGGGCUACUCCUACAAGUCGUCCCACUCCCGCAGUUCCCGCAAGCACAGGUACCAGAGGGUUGGUCAGACAUGCACAAAAAAACACACACAAGCGUGCAAGUACACUUUAAACAAUCGUUCCACGCAUGUUUUAGUGAAACACUAGGCUCAAAUGCAUGUGUAAUACACACACACACACACAUUGAUCCAUUAGUCAAUGGGCAUAUUGAUGAGCAAUCACACACACGUGGAAAACACAUGUACCCCCAGGCCUCGGUUACGCAACGACAAAGGCUUAACACGCUAACAUAUAACUGUGUGGUUGUCCUUUCUUUUAUCCAGGGAUCGGAGGGACAGACAUCGCUCCAAGAGCAGAGACGGCAGCAGCCGUGGGGACAAGUCUGUCACCAUCCAGGCCCCUGGGGAGCCACUACUAGAUGCAGAGUCGACCCGCGGUGAUGACAGGGUUAGAAUCACAACCUUCUCCUCUUCAACCCCUCUAGAUCUCCAUAUUUCUUUCUCAGAAUCUUUAUCUCAUAAUGGCGACAACGGUUUUUCCUGACCAUGUGACCUAACCAGGAUCAGGUUAUGUGGUCAGAAAAACGUCAGGUCCAGUUAUAAUCUUCCCUACCCAUCCAAAUCGCAACCUCUCUAUCCUUUUAUAUCUCUAUAAAGCCCCCCUCCAAUCUCUCCUCCACGAUUACUCUAUGUCCUGUCUCUGUCCCUGUCUGCAGGAUGACAACUGGGGCGAGAACACCACCGUGGUCACAGGCACAUCAGAACACAGCGUGUCCAACGAGGACCUGACGCGCGUCUCCAAGGAGCUGGAGGAAUCGUCUCCCCUGGAAUGCAAGCGCUUCCUGGGGCCUGUGCUGGGUGGCUGCCUAGGCCUGUUUGCUCUGGUCACCCCCCUGGCCUUCCUGGUCCUCCCCCAACUGCUGUGGCGUGAGGCCCUGGAGCCCUGCGGCACGCCCUGCGAGGGUCUCUACGUCUCCCUGGCCUUCAAGCUCCUGGUGCUCCUCAUCUCCUCCUGGGCGCUGUUCCUGCGCCCGCCGCACGCCACCCUGCCCCGCUUCUUCAUCUUCCGCUGCCUGCUCAUGGUGCUGGUGUUCCUGUUCGUGGCGUCCUACUGGCUGUUCUAUGGCGUGCGCGUGCUGGAGCCCCGGGAGAGGGACUAUAGAGGCAUCGUGGAGUAUGCUGCAUCGCUGGUGGAUGCGCUGCUCUUCAUCCAGUACCUGGCCCUGGUGCUGCUGGAGGUCAGACACCUGCAGCCUGCCUUCUGCCUCAAGGUGGUGCGCGCGACAGACGGGGCUAGUCGCUUCUACAACGUUGGACACCUCAGGUGAGUGUGUGUCUGUGUUUGUCUCUGUGUGUCUGUGUACGUACAGUGCCUUGCAAAAGUAUUCAUCCCUGUCAUUUAAAUAUAUUUUUAUUUGGAUUUCAUUUAAUGGACAUACACAAAAUAGGCCAAAUUGGUGAAGUGAAAUGAAAAAAAUAACUAAACGUAUAACUUAAUUCUAAAGAAUAAGUAACGGAAAAGUGGUGCGUGCAUAUGUAUUCACCCCCUUUGCUAUGAAGCCCCUAAAUAAGAUCUGGUGCAACCAAUUACCUUCAGAAGUCACAUAAUUAGUUAAAUAAAGUUCACCUGUGUACAAUCUGUCACAUGAUCUGUCACAUGAUCUCAGUAUAUAUACACCUGUUCUAAAAGCCCCCAGAGUCUGCAACACCACUAAGCAAGGGGCACCACCAAGCAAGCAGCACCAUGAAGACCAAGGAGCUCUCCAAACAGGUCAGGGACAAAGUUGUGGAGAAGUACAGAUCAGGGUUGGGUUAUAAAAAAAUAUCAGAAACUUUGAACAUCCCACGGAGCACCAUUUUUAAAUCCAUUAUUAAGAAAUGGAAAGAAUAUGGCACCACAACAAACCUGCCAAGAGAGGGCCGCCAACCAAAACUCACGGACCAGGCAAGGAGGCCAUUAAUCAGAGAGGCAACAAAGAGACCAAAGAUAACCCUGAAGGAGCUGCAAAGCUCCACAGCGGAGAUUAUAGUAUCUGUCCAUAGGACCACUUUAAGCCGUACACUCCACAGAGGUGGGCUUUACGGAACAGUGGCCAGAAAAAAGCCAUUGCUUAAAGAAAAAAUAAGCAAACAUGUUUGGUGUUCGCCAAAAGGCAUGUGGGAGACUCCCCAAACAUAUGGAAGAAGGUACUCUGGUCAGAUGAGACUAAAAUUGAGCUUUUUGGCCAUCAAGGAAAACGCUAUGUCUGGCGCAAACCCAACACCUCUCAUCACCCCGAGAACACCAUCCCCACAGUGAAGCAUGGUGGUGGCAGCAUCAUGCUGUGGGGAUGUUUUUCAUCGGCAGGGACUGGGAAACUGGUCAGAAUUGAAGGAAUGAUGGAUGGUGCUAAACACAGGGAAAUUCUUGAGGGAAACCUGUUUGUUUUCCAGAGAUUUGAGACUGGGUCGGAGGUUCACCUUCCAGCAGGACAAUGACCCUAAGCAUACUGCUAAAGCAAUACUCAAGUGGUUUAAGGGGAAACAUUGAAAUGUAUUGGAAUGGCCUAGUCAAAGCCCAGACCUCAAUCCAUUUGAGAAUCUGUGGUAUGACUUAAAAAUUGUUGUACACCAGCGGAACCCAUCCAACUUGAAGGAGCUGGAGCAGUUUUGCCUUGAAGAAUGGGCAAAAAUCCCAGUGGCUAGAUGUGCCAAGCUUAUAGAGACAUACCCCCAAGAGACUUGCAGCUGUAAUUGCUGCAAAAGGUGGCUCUACAAAGUAUUGACUUUGUGCUCAAGUUUUCUGUUUUUUUGUAUUAUUUCUUGUUUGUUUCACAAUAAAAAAUAUUUUGCAUCUUCAAAGUGGUAGGCAUGUUGUGUAAAUCAAAUGAUACAAACCCCCCAAAAAUCUAAUUUAAUUCCAGGAUAUAAGGCAACAAAAUAGGAAAAAUGCCAAGGGGUGUGAAUACUUUCACAAGCCACUGUACAUUGUGCUGUUCACAUAACCUCAUUGUGAUGUUGAUAGUAAUGAAGAUUAUGAUUGUGUGUUCCAGUAUUCAGAGGGCAGCAGUGUGGGUGCUGGAUCAGUACUACAGUGACUUCCCAGUCUACAACCCUGCCCUGCUCAACCUGCCCAAGUCCAUCCUCUCCAAGAAGAUGUCUGGAUUCAAAGUCUACUCACUGGACGGUAUACAGCAUUCUACACCCCCUCUAUCUCUCUACCUUACAGUAUCUUUCCAUUCAUCUGUCCAGCCAGCCAUCCAUCAAUCCAGUCAUUCGUCCUCCCCUCCCUCCCGCCCUCCCCUCCCGCCCGCCCUCCCUCCCUCCCUCCCAUCCCUCCCGCCCUCCCUCCCCUCCCUCCCCUCCUCCCAUCCUCACCCCCUCCCAUCCCUCCCUCCCAUCCCUCACCCUCCCUCCUCCAUCCUCCCCUCCCUCCCAUCCAUCCUCCCCCUCCCAUCCCAUCCUCCCCCUCCCUCUCCCUCCAUCCUCAUCCCUCCCUCCCUCCCUCCAUCCUCCCCCCCAUCCCAUCCAUCCAUCCCUCCCCCUCCUCCCUCCCAUCCUCCUCCCUCCCUCCCAUCCAUCCUCCCUCCCUCCACUCCCUCCCCCUCCUCCCCUCCCUCCCCUCCCUCCUCAUCCUCCCUCCUCCAUCUCCCCCUCCUCCCUCCUCCCUCCCUCCAUCCUCCCUCCCCUCCCUCCAUCCUCCAUCCAUCCCCUCCCCUCCCUCCCAUCCAUCCUCCCAUCCCCCCCUCCUCCUCAUCCCAUCCCAUCCCCUCCCCUCCCUCCCCUCCAUCCAUCCCAUCCCCCCCUCCCUCCUCUCCCCUCUCCCACUCCUCCAUCCCCCUCUCCCCCUCCUCCUCCUCCCCUCCCCCCCCAUCACUCCAUCACCCCACCCUCCUCCAUCCAUCCAUCCCUCCCUCCCAUCCCAUCCAUCCCUCCAUCCCUCCCAUCCAUCCACUGACUGAUAUAUUGAUCCACAGAGAACAGCACCAAUAACUCCACCAGUCAGUCCCGGGCCAUGAUCGCUGCUGCGGCCCGCAGGAGGGACAACUCCCACAACGAGUACUACUACGAGGAGGCCGAGAUGGACCGCAGGUGCCGCAAGCGCAAGGCCAGGUAAGACCGACAACAUCCUGUCCCCUAUACAUUUCAGUAAUAUGCUUUUAAAGUGAUUAGGGAAAGAAGAAUCCUGUUGAUGUCCCUGUUCUGUUUAUGUCUCCAGUGAGUCUUGUUGCUAUGUAUGUUGCUAGAGGAUAACCAGUCCCUUUCAUAGUGUGUUUCAGGCACAGUUAUGAUGACUGAUGCCACUUCUCAUUGAGAGCUGUUGCUGAUAAUAAUAACACUGAUCAUAAUGAUUAUUGUUGUGUUGUCCAGGUUGGUAGUAGCGGUGGAAGAGGCCUUCACCCACAUCAAGCGUCUCCAGGAUGAUGACCCCGCAGCCUCGUCCCACAAACAUCCCCGUGAGGUGAUGGACCCCCGGGAGGCGGCUCAGGCCAUCUUCGCCCCCAUGGCCAGGGCCAUGCAGAAGUACCUGAGGACCACGCGCCAGCAGCCCUACCACAGCAUGGAGAGCAUCCUCACACACCUGCAGUUCUGCAUCACCCACAACAUGACCCCCAAGGUGAGCAGAAUUUAUCAUGUUCUCUUUAUCAUGUAUCCCUUCAAAUAGAAGGGAUACAUUGUGUGACUCUGGGUAAAAUGUUACAACAGCUUUUGGGAUAAAUAGUAGGGCUGGGACGAUACCAGUAUUGCGAUUUAUUUUUUCCAUGACAAAAAUGAAAACACAAAGCAGACCAAACUGUUUGGUCAUUUUAAAAACCUGCUAUAUGUAAAAUAUUGUCUGCUACAGCUUGGGAAAAAAAAUACAUGUGACUGGAUGACAGCAUCAUUAUAUUUGUUUCCAAAAUUAGGGCUGUUUUCCUAAAGAAGUAAAAUCCGUUUUGUUUCCUUGCCACGAUACUAAAGUGUAUCGCUAUACUGGUAUCCUCCCGGCCCUAAUAAAUAGCAUGCAUUUGAUCAGAUCUAGAAUUCAAAUUCGAACUUGUACUUAACUACUCAUCCUCUCUGUACCCAUUCACAGGUCUUCCUCAUUCAGGUUGAUUUUGAAAGGCUGUAUUUUAUUUUGUCUUUCCAGGCAUUCCUGGAGCGUUACGUGAGCCCGGGCCCUACCAUGCAGUACCAGCGUGAGCAUGGUAGGGGGCGCCAGUGGACUCUAGUGAGCGAGGAGCCGGUAACCUCUGCCCUGCGUCAGGGUCUGGUCUUCUCCCUGCGCCGCCUCGACUUCUCCCUCGUCGUCACAGUGCAGCCCCUCCCCUUCCUGCGUAUCGGUGAGGAGUUUAUUGACCCCAAGAGCCACAAGUUUGUGAUGAGGCUGCAGUCGGAGACCUCUGUGUAAAGGGGGUCAGUGGAGGACCCUGAUUCUACUGGGAUAUGCAGGGCGCUAGAUCAUCAUGUAAUCUCCUAUCGAACCAUUGUCGUGGAUGUUAACAGAAUGUGAUAAAGCUACGAUCUUCCAAAGACAGAAGAUGGAUGCCUUGACCAUUACUUAUGACACUGUAAAAUUCCCUUUAAAAAAAAAGAAAAAGGUGUUUAUUGUUGCCUGUAGGUCAACUGUCUCCAUCUGUUUGCGAAGGAACUACAUUCCUGAGCUUGUUGUAACUGAGACUCUGUAUGUUGUAGAGUCAUAUAUUCUGUUGUUGUAGAGUCAUAUAUUCCUUGUAUAUGUGGCUCUUAUUUCAUUUUACACUGGCCAUAAGUUAUCAUGAUUUUGGUAACAUUGAAUGAGAAAAUAAUUCCUGCCUUGGGACAGCAUUCUUACAAUGUUACUCAGACUGACUUUCCUCAAUAACCUGUAGUGCCAUGAAGCUGUUUUGAAUGGACUUGUCUUGUCUUUAUCCUGUGUCCACUGUCCUCCAUCCAUCUCCCUCUGACCAGGGACAUGUGAUUGUAUCCUCACUGCAAGUCCUCUGCAGUCAUAGCAAAUCACCAGAUUGUGCCACAUUGUAAAACAUUAAAACAAGCACAGUAACAGCCUUACCCAUGUGUGAUCUACGAAAUGCUGGCCAGUGAUCUUUAGCAAAGAACCACUUCUCUGACCACUAAACCUCUCGGUUCUAACCAAGAUGUGCUGUAACUGGCAGCCUGAUGUUGCAGUUUGGUGCAGUUCAUCUUCUGAGCCACAAAAUGACUGCCAGUCAUUUUUAUUCAAGCAGUUAGAACUUUAAUACCAUACAUUUCUGUGAGAACAACCAAUGAAAGUUCAGAACUGGUUUGACAUAAUUGAUGAUAAAGUCAUCUGGAUGACAGAAUGCUAAUGAUUGUCAUUCCAGUUUUUUAUGCAUGCUAGAAUUUUGGGUUUAAAUAUAUUUUAUGAGGUUGUUUGUUUUCUAUAUAUUUUUUACUAUGCCUAAGUUAUAAUUCAAUUCAAAAAAUGUUUUUACUUUUGGAAAAGAGGUGGGGUGUACAAAGAUUUGAAUGUUUCUUUAUUGAUAAUAUUAGCUUGUAUAGUGUGCAAGAUGUUUUUACUUCCUGUCACUGCUUUUCUCACAUACACAAAGUUGUGAUUGUAUGAAGCCCUGUCUUUCAUUCGCUGGUCCUGUUAGCAAAAAUAAUACUGUAAGCCUACUGAUGAGAAGAUGAUUAAAGACAUAAAUGGAAUCUGAGUCAUAAUUCAGAGAAAGAUAUAGAAUUGAAAAGUAAUUCCAAUUGAGUUUAAACUUCCCUUUCUUACCUAAAACACGCUUCCCACUCAUUCCCUUCGGAGUCCUUUUAAGGCUUUUUGUUUUCCAUAGCACCCCAUUAUUCAGUUAUAUAGGACCCUCUAGUGACAUGCCAACACCCUCACACUGAGGAGUAAUUUCAUUUUUAGCCAUGUGUAUGUAUAUCAUACUGUUUAAGUUUCUGAUCACCAUAUUAUUUAAUAUUUACAUCACAAGUUUGUCAAAAAGGG